AUUUGGAGAGAGGGAACAGAAGGGGGAAGAGAAUGGAGAGGAGGCUGUGGAUUGCGCACCUCUGCCUCGCGAUCGUCCAGCUCGACUAUGGCGUCUAUCACGUCCUCACCAAAUUUGCGCUCACCACUGGCGCCAAUCAGGUCGUGUUUUGCGUGUUUCGCGACCUCAUCGCGCUCGCCAUUCUUGCGCCCCUCGCAUUCUUCUACGAGCGGAGGAGCAGGACUCGCGUAAGCUCUCGGCUUUUAUUCCAUUUCUUCGUCCUGGGACUGUCCGGGUGAGCGAUCUUUGGGAACCAGCUACUGUUCUUGCUUGGACUUAAUCUCACCUCUCCCUCGUAUGCCGCCGCAGUCCAGCCGGCAAUUCCAGUGUUUACGUUUGUGCUCGCCUUGGCCAACGGUGAAGCCAAUGUCACAGAGUUUUCUCUGCUUUGAGUUCUUCGACAGAGCUCUCUCUGCUUUGAGUUCUUCGACAGGGUUUUCUCUUCCACUCGAAGACAAUCUCUUUGAAACGGAAACUUUGAAUUGGACUGGAUAUGAUACUUUAGCGAAAGUGGGAGGAGUCUUUCUCAGCGUUUGUGGAGCGCUGCUCAUGGCCUUGUACAAAGGUCCGCUCCUCUUCGGGCGUACCGAGCAUUUGCAUCAUGGUGGAACUAUUGUCGGAGUUUCGUUGUUGCAGAGAAUUUCAAGCGCAACCGGUGCCGAGAACUGGCAGCUGGGAAUUCUUUGCCUCCUUGGUAAUUGCUUCCUCAUGGCUUUGUACAUUGCUUAUCAGGCGCCUGUCUUGGCAAAGUAUCCUUUCGGAUUGACAGUCACUGCCUACUCGUAUCUCUUUGGAACGCUUCUCAUGGCAUUUACUGGAGUGCUGGCAGUGGGCGAUACGACACAAUGGCUUUUCAACCAAGUGGAAGGCUACGCAGUUUUGUACGCGGGAAUUUUUGCGUCGGCAAUCAACUACGUGCUUUUAACUUGGUCCAACGGUGUUGUUGGCCCGUCGCUCGUCGCGCUUUACAUGCCUUUGCAGCCACUUGCCUCCUCUACGCUGGCUUGCGUUUUCCUACGAAGUCCAUUGUUCCUGGGAAGUGUUCUUGGAGGAUUACUCAUUGUUGCGGGAUUACUCCUCGUAACUUGGGGGAAGGCCGUGAGUGAACGCGAGCGGGAGCGUGAAAGCCAGAAACCCCUUCUAGAAAGUGAAGCGUAAGUGGAUCAAAAGCGACUGUAUUUUCUAUAUAUAUAUAUACGCGAGGAAAACGUCACUCGUACUCGUAUGUACAAAUUCGUGGAUAAGGCUGCCGGUCCAACAACUAGCCAACCAAAAGGCUUAAAAGCAAGAACGAAAACAAUGACCGCUCAAGAUAGUACGUUCUUUAUCUCCGUGCUCGAAAGACUUACAAACGUGAAGGAACGCAAAAAUUAUUUUUGUUUGUAAUCUACAACAAGCACCUUCGCUUAAAUUUACAGCCUUGUUCUUCCUCGAGCUCUUGCUUUCACUUUGAUCUUCGCUUUGAUUUGUUUUCGCUGGUUUGCCACAGACUGAUUGA